GCGACUGGUCGCCAUCGCUGUGUGUAUUACGCCGAGGGUAGAAGAGUUGAGUACAUGUGUGUCGAAGUUUUGUUUGUUUAUAUUCAGUAUUUUAUUUCAAGAUGAGUGAAUUCAAGUGGAGCGUCCAAAAUGGUGAUCUCGAUAAAGUGAAGGAGCACGUCGAGCAACCCGGUUUUGAUGUGAAUGGAGAGUUAUCCAUGGGUCGUACUGCCUUACAUGUAGCUGCUGACUUUGGACAAGUUGAUGUUAUAGAAUAUUUACUAUCAAAAGGUGCUGAUAUUAAUUUACCAGAUAAACAUGGUAUUACCCCUAUAUUAGCAGCUAUAUUUGAAGGACAUACAGAUUCUGUAAGACUACUGUUACACAAGGGUGCAAGUACUGAUGGAAAAGCUCCAGAUGGCUCAACGUAUUUUGAAUCGGCCGAGUCAGAUGACAUGAAACUGUUACUGAAAUAACAGUAAUUCAGGAUUCAUUUGAAUAGAGACUAGAUACUAGUUUCUUUGAUGUGAUAAACAGUAAACUGCAAUAUGCAUAGCUUUAGGUUAUUAUUUAUAUUUAAAUGAUUUAUAGUUGUCAAUUUCACAAGGGGCAUAACAUUUUACGAUGGGUUCUUAGUGAGUCGUAGCUACUUUCAUUAUUUUGUAGCAGCGAUAAUUGCACUGGGGUUUUUGAAAUGAAUGAACUAAAUUAUGUAUUAAAAAUGUGAGAAUUCCAUGGUUUAUGCAGUAUGUAAUGUCACCACCUAUUUUUUAUGUACAAAUUAUUGUAUGGUGGCACCCUUUGUUCUCACAUAGGAAAUAAAAGAAGGAAAUAAUGGCGAAUAUACUGCAAUCAAAUACUAUGUAAUGGGGUAUUUACUUUGUCAUGUAUUCAGUGUUAUUUCCUUGCUUUGCUCUGGAAAAUUUUACAUCUAUGCACCUUUUUAGAUGGCUAAAGAAUAUUCUAUUCUUCUCAAUUUGUUUUUUUUUAAAGAGUUGAUGUUCUUGUGAUUGGUCUUUUACAAUAACCCUGACGCUUAGUCUUGUGUAGAGUGACUGACAAUUUGGAUAUUUGCUUUACUUUAAUUUACCACCUUAAUAAAAAAUAUUCAGGUUUGUUUAUAGCUUUGAAGUGCCCUGUUGAAUCUCCUAUGUUAGUUAAAUCCUGACUUCUAUUACCUUUUUUUGGUUCAAAUACAGUUGAUUCUGUCUUAACUGAACCCCAGAAGAAAACUGUCAAAAUUAUUGUACUUUCGAUUUAAACUACUUUUGUAAACAGUUUACUCAGUCCCGUUGGUUUUCAGUUUAGACCGGGUUCCGGUUCUCAGUAGCUGCAGUAAAUGAUUUCCAGGACGUCUACGAGAUCUUGCGUUUUGCAUGAAUGGUGCGAACAGAACAUCUGCCACAAAAAACAAAUGAUUUGAUUUUGAACUUGAAUUUUUGUUUUCAUAGGUCAAAAUACUGAUCUUUCAGAGGAGAAUAUGGCUUGAGAUACUCUUACUUCACAAGUUUGGCUAUCAUUAAAUGUUUAUAACAUAUCAGUUAGAUAAUUGCAUGUCCUUAUCUUAGAAAUCCUGGAUGUAAUACAAUAUUUAAACAUGAAAAUAACAAAAAAUACUUCCACAUUUGUCAAAUUCAGUGCAAUGUAUGACCUUUGUUUGUGCUGUUUUUACAUUCAAUUUUCACGCACAACGCGGGAUUCCAAGAAGUUUGGAAAAUGGUCUAUAAUGUUAGUCACAAGACAAGGUUAGCAUAAAUUCAGUCAGGUUGAAAUUGUUCUAAUGCUGCAGUACAAUGUC